AUGUUGCAGAUCAACAAGGUUCAGGGACAGAGGCAAGUGGGUUCCGGGCUGCACGUUACCCAUCUGUUCAGCAAGUUGCUGGACAAAUGGGGGGAUGUCAUGGCGAUUCAAUCUGCACAGCCUAUGAUCGCCUUAGGGAAGGGGAAAAACAGUGCGAAAGAAAUUCGGAGUAUGCUGGAGUCGACCUGCAGGGCCUUCUUCGACCUGCAAGGAGUCCAGCUCCAUCCCGCCCAGGAUGCUGUCAUGACGACCCAUGAGGCUCGAGUGGUGGAGAGUGCACCGGAACGGUCUGGAGUUAGGCAGCUCAGGUUUGCUGAUCGGGUUAGGAGGCCGCCAGAACGCGAAACACGGACGGAGACCGACUUGGCAAGUGUAGCAGAUGAAGGCGAGGAGGGUGUAGAAGAUCCACAGUUGCCAAGUCAGGUCGAACAGGCAGAGGAGCAGUGGAGGAAGGCGGCUGAUGAUAAGCGGAUGGCCGAAGCAGAAGCCAAGAGGAGACGGGCUGAAGAGAGGCAACGGCGCCGUGAUGGCGACACCGAUCCUACCGUCUCUUUCCCGGGAACUGGAGACAUACGUGAAGCAUGGGAGCGUGGGGCACGAGCCGCUGCAAGGGCACACGUGGGAGAGGCAGGAGAGGAGCUCGCCAGCAAUGUGCGGCAGCAUAUCGAGGAGGAUAGGGGAUACGUGAAAGUUCGCUUGCCCAGCGUAAAGCGGAAGGCAGCUGAAGAGGCCCGGAGAGGGGACGUCGACGUGCCAGAGAAUUUGGGAGAGGCGAAAAAGAAGGCGCAGAGCAACGCGGGUGCAAAGACUCAUAAGAUGGCGGAGGUAGAGGCGCACCAGAAUGCAGAGGAUGCGGCCCAUCGGUUCGUCGAUGCAGAGGCGGCACUUACGGCAGAGGACGGGGCACCAAAGGAAGCAGAGGCUGCGGCGCAGCAGAAGGUGGGUGCAGAGGCGGUCAAGAGUGCGGAGGCAGUCGCGCGUAAAGAAGCGGGUGCAGCAGCAGAGCUGACGUUGGAGUUAGUCGAGCUGCAGGUGGUGGAGGCAGUGGCGCAGAAGGAAUCAGAGGCAACGGCGAGCCAGAAGGAUGAGGCAGCGGCGCAGUAG